AUUUGAACCCCCGUGAUUCGCUUUCUGUCAGUGAUGGCAACCAGAACGGUCGGCGAUAAAGCGAAAUGGCGCAGGAGAAAAUUAUCAAAGAUUCCUGACGAUGACAAUGACUGCGCUAGUUUGGCUUGGCUCCUUAAUUUUCGACUGGACGCGCUUGUAAAUGUGACGGUGCCUGAAGAUGAGGUGCGCGUUGAGGAACCUCUGACUGUGAAGAAACCGCCUUACACAUAUCCCGAACUAAUCGAGCGAGCUUUGAGAGAAAGAGGGGAGCUUACAGUCUCGGGAAUUUAUCAAUGGAUUUCUGACCACUUUCCUUUCUACAAAGCGAAUGAUGAGCGUUGGAAAAACUCUGUUCGACACAACCUGUCCAUAAACCCUCACUUCCGCAAGGGUGCGCGGGCGUCACAAGGCGCUGGUCAUCUUUGGUCGUUAGCCGCAAAUGCAAUAGACCUGCUGCCACAGAGGAGAGAACAAGAGAAGACUGAGCGAUUGGAAGCUCAUAUAAUUGAGUGUCCCAAGGUGAUCGUACUAGACGAGGCCGCUAUUGCUGCGGCGAGUAUUAUUCCUGAUCAAGACAUAUUUAAUGGAGGCGCAAUGUUCCUUAACCCCGUGUCAGCGGAGCAAGUCGUGCGCGAGUGUGGACUCAUCACUGGCCUAUAAUUUUUAAUUUUACACAAUUUUAGAGCUUAACUUAACAAUGCUACUUAGUUAACAAACUUGGAUGUUACUUCCAAUCCUUUAAUUUCUUUUGAUUUCUAACUGGGUUGCAAAAACCAGCGAAACUGUUAAGAGCUGUAAAAGUGGACCCAUGAAAGUAGAAAUGGGCGAUUGUUGCAAAACAAAAAACGAUCGAAUGUUCUAUUGCGCAUUUGCCAAUUGGUAGUCCAUCGUUAUUAUUCGAAAAAGUCAGUCAGUGUAUUAUCUUAUUUAUUACUAUUUAUGUAACUCGCUGGUCGCGUCAAAUUAUGUUUAUGCUAUAAUGAAUUUAAUAAUCUUGAUUAAUUUCACUUUAAAAAACUGAAGAAGGUGACGUGUUUUUAAAAGAAAAAUAUGAAUAGUUUAUUACCACGAUUAAAUCAGAAACUGUCGCCCUCUAAAUGACAAGAGUCGUCAAUUGUUAUCAAUAAAACUAAGCAAUGGAAUUGGAUAAGCUUUAGCAAACACAUCACUAGAAAGAUUUUUUGCCUUAAAGACACAUUGACGUUGUGUAUAAUCCAUAAUUAAUGUAUAAUUAAUGGUACAUGUAAUUUCGUUGUCUAGUCUUACCUUUGUCUAGAUCAAGUAAAAGCUUGUUAGGAAACUUUGAAAUUAACUUAGCGUGUCGACUUUAGCAAAGCUGAUCUUACAACUCGUACCAUAAAUGCAAAUAGUCUAUUAUUUAACUUUGAAAUUAUUUGUAAUUCUAAUAAUUUUGUUAUCUUCGUGGAAUGCCCAACAGCAAAAUGUAAAUAAUGUUUUAGUUUGAAAUUGCUUUGAGUUUAAUUUGUAACAAAGAUCUCAUGUAAAAUUAAUGUUUUAAUUUAAUGUUAGUUUGUAAUACAUUUUAC